GUGUUAAGCAACUUUGCUGAACAGUUUGAUGGAGAGCUGGUCGGAUGACAGCUGGAACUGUUGUCAUAACCGGAGGAAUACUGGCCACAGUGAUACUUCUGUGUAUCAUAGCUGUGCUCUGUUACUGUAGACUCCAGUACUACUGCUGUAAGAAGAAUGGGUCUGACAGCGGCUCCAUCUCUCAGCAACACUUUGCCUGCAACGCCUGCAGUGUCACCGGCCUGGACGGGUCAAUCAUCACCCCUCUGUCCCUGUCACCGCCAGAGCCGCCUGGAUCCUCCAACCCCACCAAACCCAGAGGGGGGCGACGCAGCUACUGCCCCACCUGCUCACCCUACGACUCACCCUUCUACAUCCGUACCACUGAUGAGAUGCGCAACGGUGGCGAGCGCAUCACCUACAUGCCCACACACUAUGAGAACCAGGCACUGGCCAUGCCGCUGCCCGCCGUCCGAGGCUCCCUGCUGAGGGAGACUCAGCGAGGGCGGCCUCCCGAUUUCUACACCAAUACCCGAGCCAUCAGCACUGAGGUGUGACUACCCCGAAACCCCAUAACACCACCCAUUACACACACAGACACUCCUCUUUGCACUUACGCAGACACACACAAACACACACACACACACACACACACCAGCACCACCACUAACAAGACCACAGAAGUGAUUUUGACACGUACAGCAGCUCCCAGUGAGGAUCUGCUGGAUAAAGGCCCACUGUCUGUGCAGGCUAUAUUAUCACAUGUAAUUAGGGUUUGGGGUCUGGGGGGAUUUAAGUGAGGAUUGUCUAAGCCUACUGCUGAAGUGUGUGAGAAGCAGGGAUGACUCU